AGAGCCAACAAGCAGCAUCAUAGCCGAGUGAAGAUGGCGGCUCAGAGAGUGAUGCUGUUAACGAGCGUUUGAGUUCACCUCUCAUUUUUAAACUUAUUAAACCUUUGAGGAUCCCUUACGGAUAGCUGUAUCAAAGAAAACUAUAUCGGUCGCUGUUCCUGACCAUUUAACAAUGGAAACUCAUGUUCUUCCAGAGCCUCUUCAUUUCACAGCCCACACUGCGCUUCUGUCAUUGUGAGAAAUUCAGUCUCAGGUCUUUGGCUCUGCUGAUAGACUCCCUCCAGUAAGGUGUCUGAACACAUGCUGAGAUUCACACUUCCACCCAGGACAAAUCAACUAAUGCACUGACUGAUUUAUCAAGACCAGCUGCAGCUGUAAGAAGCUCUGGCUCUUCCUGCCCAAUGGUGAAUGUGGUCGUCCAUGCUGGGCCUCUACAGGGGCCAGUGUUCGCCAUCCCGCCCCAGUGGUGAACACCCUCAGAGCAUCCACUGCUGAGGCCAGCGGGGCAAGUGAAGCACUGGCCUUGAAGCUCUCCAGCAAAUCCCAAAGAGCCCUUUGCACUGAGAGGCACGUGCUUAUUUGAAAGCUCGGCACACAGCAACGCAAAAGUCGGCAGAAAAACAGCUGAUCCUUUGCCGAGUAGUGGAGGAGGAGUGUCGAGAGUGAUCAAGAAACCCAAUCCUCUUAUCCCAGGCCCAAGACGCCAGCUGAGAGCGAGUGCACUCCGGGAACGCGUGGUGGGGGUGAAAGAACUGACUGACCUCACUGGAGGACCGGGGCUAGAAGCAGCAAUCAAAGCAAAGACACACGUCAUAGGCUAUGGGGGCCAUGGUGACCUAGCAUAAAUGGCUACUCCUGACCCAAAGCUUGUGCUGGUGUCUGCUGCUCAACCCUUUUCCUUUUUCCUUCUCUUUUCCUCGCUGUUGUCCUCCUCUUGCUGCGAUCUCUGUGACGGUCAGGCUCUCAGCCUCCCCUCUGCCCCCCUCUCUUCCCCUGUCCCGUGUUUGUGCUGUGGCCAUGGGGCUGUGGAAGUUAGUGCGGGGUGUCAGGCAACUCGAGCUCCACCGCCUUAUCCUGGUGCUCAUCGUAUUUUGCCUGCUCUCCAUGGCUUUCCUGGCCUACUUUGUCAGCAACAGCCCUAAAAUAAAGGAGGCGCCCCCUAUGCCUUUCAGUGACUGUGGUGGGGUUGUCGCGGCCGCAGCAGGAGGGCAACGGGCUCCUCUUUUCCUGCCCCCUUUCACAGUCCGGCAGAGGACGGUUAAAGCAGUGGAUAACUCUCGAACAGAGCCUGUGGUGCUGGUCUUUGUAGAAAGCAUCUACUCUCAGCUAGGACAAGAGAUUGUGGCUAUCCUUGAGUCCAGUCGCUUCCGUUACCACACUGAGAUUGCACCCAGCAAGGGGGACAUGCCUACGUUGAUGGAACGUGACAUCGCCCGCUACGCCCUGGUCAUUUAUGAGAACAUUCUCAAGUAUGUCAACUUGGAUGCUUGGAACCGUGACCUGCUGGAUAAAUAUUGUGCUGAAUUUGGUGUAGGCAUCAUCGGCUUCUUCAAAGCCAAUGAGAACUCGCUGCUUAGUGCCCAGCUGAAGGGCUUCCCGCUGUUCCUGCACUCUAACCUGGGCCUACGGGACUACCACAUCAACCCUGCUGCCCCAUUACUGUACAUCACCAAACCCAAUGAGGUGGAGCAGGGCCCGCUCCCUGGCGAUGACUGGACGGUCUUUCAGUCUAACCAUAGCACCUACGAGCCCGUGCUCCUGGCUCUCACAAAAUCCUCAGAGGCACUGGCCCAUUUGGGGCCCCACCGAGCCCUUCAUGCCACUGUAGUUCAGGACCUUGGCCUUCACGACGGCAUUCAAAGGGUGCUGUUUGGUAACAAUAUAUCGUUUUGGCUGCACAAGUUGAUUUUUGUGGAUGCCAUAGCCUAUCUGACAGGGAAAAGACUCUGCCUGUCCUUGGAGAGGCAUCUGCUAGUUGACGUGGAUGAUAUAUUUGUGGGAAAGGAGGGUACGCGUAUGAAGGUGACAGAUGUGAAGGCUUUGCUCAGCACACAGAAUAAACUGCAGACACUAGUUCCCAACUUCACCUUCAAUCUUGGCUUCUCCGGGAAGUUCUACCAUGCAGGUACAGAGGAGGAGGAUGAAGGCGACGACAUGCUGUUGCAGCACCGGCAUGAGUUCUGGUGGUUUCCACACAUGUGGAGUCACAUGCAACCACACCUUUUCCACAAUGUCAGCGUGUUGGCAGAGCAGAUGAGACUCAACAUGCAGUUUGCACAGGAACACGGUAUUCCCACAGACAUGGGGUACGCUGUGGCCCCCCACCAUUCAGGGGUGUAUCCUGUACACAGCCAGCUGUACGAGGCCUGGAAAAGCGUAUGGGGGAUCACAGUUACCAGCACAGAAGAAUAUCCACACCUUAGACCAGCACGCCAUCGCAGGGGCUUCAUACAUCGUGGCAUAAAGCAUGGGAAUGGUGUCUUCUUUUCAUCCAUUCAGAACCCCUGUCAUGACAAGAGACAUAAAGACAUCUGGUCCAAAGAGAAGACCUGUGAUAGGCUGCCCAAAUUUCUGGUUAUUGGCCCACAGAAAACAGGUACCUCAGCUUUGCACUCCUUCCUGACCCUUCACCCCGCCAUCACCAGCAACUUCCCCAGCCCAGUCACCUUUGAGGAGAUCCAGUUCUUUAACGGGCCGAAUUACCACGAUGGCAUUGACUGGUACAUGGACUUCUUUCCCUUCCCCUCGAACGUCAGCACAGACUUCAUGUUUGAGAAAAGUGCCAACUACUUUGAUACAGAGGUGGUUCCAAAGAGGGCUGCCGCCUUACUGCCCAGAGCCAAGAUCUUAGCAUUGCUUAUCAACCCAGUCGACAGAGCCUACUCUUGGUAUCAGCACCAGCGAGCACACCAGGACCCUGUUGCCAUUAACCACACCUUCCACGAGGUUGUAACAGCAGGUCCGUCUGCAUCUAAAGAGCUGUUGACCCUUCAGAACCGCAGCCUUAAGCCUGGGACUUACGCCACACAUCUAGAGCACUGGCUUGUGCACUACCAGGCCAGACAGCUCCAUAUUGUAGAUGGUACCCUGCUCCGAUCUAACCCAGCCCUGGUGAUGGACGGCAUCCAGCAGUUCCUGGGGGUCACACCCAUCUUCAAUUACACCCAGGCUCUCGUCUUUGAUGAGGGUAAAGGAUUCUGGUGUCAGAGGUUGGAAGGUGGGCGUCCUAAGUGUCUGGGGAAGAGUAAAGGCAGAAAAUAUCCAGAAAUGGCCCCCGAGACACGUGCCUUCCUGACGGAGUACUACCGGGAGCAUAACCUGGAAUUGUUACGGCUGCUGAAUCUGCUGGGUCAGGCGUUACCCACCUGGCUCAGAGAAGAGCUCCAGAGCACCAGCUGGAGCUGAGAAGACGACUCCUGCACCUCCAGUAUCAGAACACCUAAAAAACAGUGUCCGCUCACUACAGAGGUACCAAAACCACUCGGUUCAUAACUAUAGUAGCAGAUGAAAUGACUGACGGCUUUGAAACGGACUGCAAACCUCAGCCUCUCUCUGCUGCCAAGGUGCUCACUGUCUGAGAUGUUGAAGAUGAGGGAAUGCUGGGAAAUGUAGUCCCUCCUUUUUACCUUAAUGACAGACCUGCCUGUCAGGCCCAGAAUGCACUACCGAUGUGGACAAGCAUGAAUUUAUUGGUGACUUAAGUGUGUUAAUACACACUAGUACUCGUACAAUAAACACACACAGUCUAGCCUUGAUCAUCUCGUCUGAGGAAUGAUUGUAAAACAUUGUACAUUUAAAAGCGUUGUAUAUUUUGGGUCCGGGUGGGUGGGAUUGUGAUGGUUGAACCUGACAGCGUUUGUGUACAGCCAGAGCUCUGUUUGAAUGGGACGCCUAUAGGACGUCAGAUCCGCAGCCCUUCUCUUCCCCACGCGCACAAACACACAAAGCUGGAUCAGAAACCAAACGGUAAGAAAGUAUAUGCAAUCGAGGGAGCAUCUCUUCAAUGUCUCGUCUCCCACUAGAGUCCAGUGGAAAGCUUUUAUUUCAAGUGUCUUAUCAGGUGUAUCUCCGUAUUUAUCUUAUCCAUGCACACUGUAGUGUGGAAAUUACUGUAGACGCUGUGGCAGAUGUGUUGUAUGUCAGGAGCUGUGAAAGCGGGAGAGGAGAAGGGCUGUGCUAUGAUUUGAUUUGUGGUCUGUCCUACACAAGGAGGAGCUGCUGUCUUUUUUUCUUUAGUUUUUUUUGUAAAAAAAA